AUCACUUUGACACUUUGUCAGAUGCAAUUGCUGUUUUGCGUCUGACUUUAAAUAUUUUGAACUUAAGGCGAUCAGAAAUGUGUAGGUACUUGUCUUUUUUAUUAGUAUAAUUUGUUUUGUGGCCGGUGCGAUUGAAAAUGACCAGGAUACUAAGCAUCGAUUAUUAACACAUUUCAUUGAAAAUAUGUUAUAUUGUAAGUGAAAGGUACCUGACAAACGUAAAAUAAAGGAAAAUGAGUAAAAGGAAGCGUGGACCUGGACAGAUACCAAAUCGAUGGUUACAUUGUCCACGUAAAGCGACAGAUUUAAUAAUCGGAAAAUUCAUUGCUUUUAAAACACCAUUAAGUACAGAUUUCGACGAACAAGUUCCACCAGAAUGCAGGUUUCCACCGAGUAUGGUUUUCGAAUACUAUAAACGAAAAAAGGUAAAAAUCGGCUUGUGGAUUGAUCUAACUAAUACAAGUAGGUUUUAUGACAAAGAAGAGAUUAGCUCCAAUUGCAAAUACAUUAAAUUGAAUUGUCGCGGUCAUGGUGAGGCACCUUCUGAAGACCAAACCACCGCUUUUGUUACGUUAGUCCAUAAAUUUAUCUCCAGCUAUCCCCUAGAAUGUAUCGCAAUACAUUGCACGCAUGGUUUUAAUCGAACAGGUUUUCUGAUCGUUUCUUAUUUGGUUCAAAAAAUGGACUUUUCCGUCGAGGUCGCCAUAGAAACUUUUGCUAAAGUUCGGCCUCCCGGUAUUUAUAAAACCGAUUAUAUACAGGAAUUAUAUAGACGAUUUGAUGAUGUUGACGACGCGCCACCUGCUCCCGACUUACCCCAGUGGUGUUUCGAUGAGGAGGAUGUAUCAAAUGGAGAAGCUUUGGAAAGUUUCGAUACCAACGAAGGAACUUCGCAAAAGUACGAUGCGGAACCGUCUGCUCAACCUUCUCGUAAAAGGAUGAAAUAUAGUAUGACUAAAAAAAAUCCCGUAUUCAUGGAAGGAGUUCCAGGAGUAACGGUUUUUAUGGAACAACCGAAAGCCUUUCAUCUUCAACAAAAGACUUCGAGGAUGUGCGGUUUUUCUGGCAAAGGCUUUCCUGGAUCACAACCUGUGUCCAUGGACGUUAAUAAUAUAAAGUUAUUACACGCAAAGCCAUAUCGCGUCUCGUGGAAAGCAGACGGAACAAGAUAUUUAAUGUUGAUUGAUGGAGAAGACGAAGUCUACUUCUUCGACCGAGACCAUUGUGUCUUUAAAGUACAUGGUUUGAAAUUUCCACAUCGAAAAGAAGCUAGACAUUUGAUGAACACUCUCAUAGAUGGGGAAAUGGUAAUCGAUAAAGUGGGUGAUGUCAAUAUCCCGAGAUUUUUAGCGUACGACAUAAUUAAAUUUGAAGGGCAGGAUGUAGGGAAAAUGCCCUUUUAUCCAAUUAGACUACAUUGUAUAGAUAAUGAGAUUAUUAAACCUAGAAUAAUUGCAAUGGAAAAUGGUCACAUUAACAAAAGUGCCGAACCAUUUAGUAUCAGAAAGAAAGAAUUCUGGCAUGUAACGCAGGCUGCUAGCUUAUUGGGGGAGAAGUUUGCAAAAACUUUGUCGCAUGAACCUGAUGGACUUAUUUUUCAACCUUCUAAAGAUCCAUACACGGCAGGAAGAUGUGAUGAUGUUCUAAAAUGGAAACCUUUAGAGCUAAACUCAGUUGAUUUUAGAUUAAAAAUUGUCAAGGAGGGAGGAAUGGGGAUUGUACCUAAGCAGAUUGGUCAACUCUACGUAGGUCAGUUAGAUUCACCAUUCGCAGUAAUGAAAUAUACGAAAGAAAUAAAAGACUUAGAUAAUAAAAUUAUUGAAUGUAAAUUUGAAAAUAAACAAUGGAAGUUCAUGCGAGAAAGGACGGACAAGUCAUUUCCAAAUGCUUAUUCAACCGCUAAAGCUGUUUGUGACAGUAUUAGAGAGCCUGUUACUAAAGAAAGACUAAUACAUUUUAUUGAUAAGUACAGAUUUGAUGAUGAUAUGGAAAUAAUGCCCCCUCCCAAUCGGCCAAGGAGAUAGUUUUACUUAUCAUUUUAUCCACUUGGAGUUUUAAAUUGUUUGUUUGAAGUGUAUAAGGAUGAUGUAAGUUGAUUUUUAUGCAUUUACGAACGAAUAUGUAAUAAAUAUGAACAUGGAAUUGUAUCGAAGAAAAUAUAACAUUUUGCAAUGAAA